AUGGCCGGCUCACCAAACUCCAACCUCCGAGGCUUCAACCACGCCGUCCAAACCCUCCUCAAACAACCCUCCCAAUUCCUCCCACACCUCACAAUCCCAACAUUCACCCACCUCCCCGAAGACCUAGGACCACACCUAGUCAAGAACUGCCAAACUCAAUCCGACAACCUCAACUCCAAACCUACCACCCCACAGCGCAUCCCCAAAAUCCGCGCCCUAGUCCUAGACAAAGACAACACCCUCUGCCCCCCAAAAACAACCACCUUCCCCCCGCAAAUCCUAACAAAACUCUCCCACCUCCGAACAUCCCCAACAUCCCCCUUCAACCUCACCACAAAUCCUUACGCAAUCCUCAUCGUCUCAAAUCGGGCGGGGAGCCACCCAACCUACGACACCGAAGUACACUCCCUAGAAACCCAACUCUCGCACCUCCGCAUCCCAGUCUUCCGCCUUCCAGAAGGAACAGAAAAGAAACCAUUCUGCGGGGACGAAGUAGUAAAGUGGUUCAAGGAGCGCGGGGUGGUUGAGUCACCAAAUGAGAUCGCCGUUGUGGGGGAUCGAUUGGGGACGGAUGUGAUUAUGGCGGGGAUGAUGGGGUCUUGGAGUGUUUGGUGUAAGGAGGGGGUUUUUGAGGUUGGGGAGGAGGGGAAGAAGGGGAGGAAUGUUUUGGAGAAGAUGGAGGUUUGGAUUGAGAGGUUUUUGAGGGAGAGGAAGGGGUGUGUUGCGCCGGUGCCGAAGGGGUGGGAGGAGUGA